CCUCAGCCAUUUAUCUUGUGUUGCUCCAGGAGCUUCGGAUGUGCUUGAGAGGGAGCGUUUUUCUCCCAAUGUCCGCGAUACAGGGAGGGUUUGAUCAAAGGUUCAGUGGAGUGAAAGGUGAUGUAAUGACACAAAUCAGGUGACUGGCUGGACUGAACAGAACAGGAAUGUUGGGAAAGACUGAACGUUGCAGUAAAAUCAAGACCUACUGUUGACCUUGUAGGUGAUUUCCUUGGCCAGAGAUGGAGCUGCUGGUUGUGUCCCUCAUGUUGCUGCUUGCCAGCUGCGGGCUCUCAUUGGACAACGGCUUAAUGAAGACCCCGCCUAUGGGAUGGUUGGCUUGGGAGCGCUUUCGCUGCAACGUUGACUGUGAAGCUGACCCCGAAAACUGCAUCAGUGAGCGUCUGUUUAUGGACAUGGCUGACCGGUUAGCAGAGGAUGGUUGGAAGGAGCUUGGCUAUGAGUACGUGAACAUCGACGACUGUUGGGCAGCAAAGAAGAGGGAUUCGGAGGGGCGGCUGGUUGCCGAUCCCCAACGAUUCCCCAGUGGAAUUAAAGCUUUGGCUAAAUAUGUUCAUUCAAAAGGCUUGAAGCUUGGCAUUUAUGGAGACCUGGGCACCUACACCUGUGGUGGAUAUCCAGGCACCACACUGGACUAUAUUGAGUUGGACGCUGACACCUUUGCUUCUUGGGGAGUGGACAUGUUGAAGCUGGAUGGCUGCUACUCCAACUCCUCCACCAAGGCUCUGGGGUAUCCAUUGAUGUCAAAGGCACUGAACGCCACAGGCCGUCGGAUUGCCUUCUCUUGUAGCUGGCCAGCUUAUGAGGGAGGCCUUCCCCCUAAGGUGAACUACACGUUCCUGGGGGAGAUCUGCAACCUGUGGAGGAACUACGAUGACAUUGACGAUUCAUGGGAGAGCGUUCGCAAAAUCAUUAACUGGUACUCGAGUCACCAGGAUGUGCUACAGCCUGCGGCUGGCCCAGGGAGAUGGAACGACCCAGACAUGUUAAUAAUAGGGAACUUUGGCCUGAGUUACGAGCAAUCCAAAGCACAGAUGGCUCUCUGGGCCAUCCUAGCUGCUCCCCUCUUCAUGUCUAAUGACCUGCGGGCUAUCUCCAUGAAGGCCUCGUCCAUCCUACAGAACAAGCUGCUGAUCAGGAUCAACCAGGAUCCGCUGGGUGUGCAGGGCCGCCUGUUACUGAAGGGUAAAAACAAUAUUGACGUCUGGAUGCGAGAACUUUCUUUGUCCACCAUGGCACUGGUUUUCUUCAGUCAGCGCACAGACAUGCCUUACCACUACACCACAUCUCUGAGCCAACUCAACAUCACUGCCCCCAAUGUGUUCUCGGCUCAGGAUGUGUACUCAGAGUGGGUACAGCGGGGCCUGGACAUUGACACCAAAUUCACUGUCACCAUCAAUCCUUCUGGAGUGGUGAUGCUAUACGUGUAUCCCGAGAGAAAACUCAAAAGGACCCAGGGGUAGAGAAGGCCCGAAGCUGGUCCAUUGCAGCAGUGAAAGCGGCCUUCGUCACCAUGGCGACAGCUAUGGUCUUUGUUUUAUUCCUCUCAGGCAUAUUGACCCUUGAAUGUCCGUGUUGUUCUCAAAUUGAGUCUAUUUUGAAAGCUCAGCCAUGCAGCGAGCAGGAGGUUUCUCCUCCAACAGCUCACCUUCCUUUCAGGGUUACCCGGGCUCCUUCUCGGUCCGAUUUCAUUUACAGUCUUCCCUGGAUUAUGGGGCGUCCAGAGUGCAAGGGGUUUAAUCAGGAUGCCUUCAGCUCUGUCAUGUGAAUUCUCUGUACUAUCAACCUGCCACUGUCUCAUGCACUCUCGGCACCAUCCCCCUACCCUGCCUCUCUCUCUUGGCCACUCUCUCUCUAUCUCCAUCUCUCUGAUAAUCUCCUACUAUCACUCCCAAAUUUGCCUUUUACUAUUGCCCCCCACCCCCGAAUUCUUACUCUUUCUGAUAAGAAUAAUACGCCGAGCUUCUCUGCUGUGUGCAGGUCACUAUCUGACACUGUGAUAGGACCAUCUCCUUCCAAGGCUGCCGCCCCUGGUUGAAUAUCCUGCUGAAUUUCCUCUGUUUCCCCUUGGACAUGAAUCACAAUCGUGGUGGGCAGCCUGAGCCAGUGGUCUUGUACCUCAGAAAGGAUCAGCUCUUAUCGAGCUUCCAACUUAGAGAAAGAAAGGCUGAUCCCUGUUUAUGAAAUAACAAUGUUUGACUUUCCAAUUUGAAGUCAUCGUUUUAAGUUUCAACUCUGCACUGAGUGGUUUAAGUCUGGCAAUGUGGAGCCCCGAUGUGUUCAGACGGUAUAGAAGUGAACAUGUUAUACGUAGAAUCUACAACAAAGAAACAGCUUUUACAGCCUCAGUUUUACUCCACAUCUCAUCUAUGCUGUUGCUUAUCUUGGGAGUGUUUGACAGGUCAAGGGAGCAUGUGUCUGACAGUGGGGAGGAUCAUUGCUGCCAAUGGUGUCUGACAUUGAACGAUACACCACCGAAAUCCAGCCCAUUGCACCCUCUGAAAGAGCUAUCCAAACAGCCCCACUCCUUCCCCAUAGCCCAGCAAACUUUCUCCCUGCUAGCAUUUAUCCAAUUCCCUUUUGGAAGUUCUGGUUGAACCUCUUUCCAUUGCCCUUUCAGGCAGCACAGUCCAUAUCCCAACAACUCACUGCGCAAAUAAACUUUCAUCUCGCCUUUUGGUUGUUUUGUCAAAUAACUACAAUCCCAAAUUUUGGCAAAUACAGCAUUGCCUGAGUUAUAAUUUGUUCUCUUGUUGUUUAAUCCUCCCUCUAUGUCAUGUAUCAAGGUUGACUGCCUGACGCCAUCCUGGCAGUGAUCAGUUAACUCCGCCAACUGAAACUGGGAUCUUGCUGAUCUAUUUGGACCACUUGCCUGACUAGCCAUUCCGCCAGUCACUAUUCACAUUUUAACUUGGGUUAGGAUGAUGUUGUUGAGUCCCACGUUGGCAGGGGGGAU